ACAAAUGCCCUCGUGGACCUCAUGGAUCCACCUCAAAAGCCGGCGGUAAGUCUUCAGUUAUUUAAAAAACGUUGCUCCCUCUUCCUCCUUCCUCCUCUUCUCUUUCUCUCUCUCUAUAAAAUCCCAAACAUAAACUCGCAUGCCUAUUGAUCGAAGGCCUGGCAGACCCACUUCGGGGGGAAAAUCUUCUGGAACGGAAACCGAGUUGUUGUUAAUGCGGCCUUUGUCCCGAGCCCAAGUGGUUGUUUGGUGUGGAUAUGUUGUAGUUUGAAUGAGCGUUGGCUGGUGUUUGAGUUCUGCCUCCUCUUGUUUCAAGAACCGGUGGGCGUCUUGAUUGGUGGUGCUGCCAAGCUUUGGUUGGGUUCUUGGGAGGAUGUUUUCUUUGACGUGUAGCCAGAGGGCUUUGGAUCUGGUCGCUUGUGGGUGCCCUUUGAGUGGAGGCGGCUGUGGGAGGUCGCGGCGGAGGCCGGUUUGGCGGCGCAGCGGUGGUGCUCGCUGCCGGGUCUCAUCGACACAGAAUGUGGAUGUUUCAAGUUUGGGGCCGCCUGUUGGUGUCAAACCUUUGGUAUCUGGUACCGGACCCAUCCAGAUGUCUUCUUUGCUGGAAGCGGUUUCCAAUGACCUGCAACAGCUAAACAAGAAUCUAAAAUCAAUUGUUGGAUCAGAAAAUCCAGUUCUAGUGUCUGCAGCGGAGCAGAUAUUUGGUGCUGGUGGAAAGAGGUUGAGGCCUGCUCUGGUUUUCCUGGUGUCAAGGGCCACUGCUCAAAUUGCAGGUUUAGAGGAACUAACAACCCAACAUCAACGUUUAGCAGAGAUCAUCGAGAUGAUCCAUACAGCAAGUUUGAUACAUGAUGAUGUGUUAGAUGAAAGUGAAAUGCGAAGAGGGAAGGCAACAAUUCAUCAACUAUAUGGGACACGAGUAGCAGUACUGGCUGGAGACUUCAUGUUUGCACAAUCUUCUUGGUACCUCGCAAAUCUUGAAAACAUUGAAGUUAUAAAACUUAUAAGCCAAGUUAUCAAGGAUUUUGCUAGUGGUGAAAUAAAGCAAGCUUCAGGCCUUUUCGACUGUGAUGUUACGCUGGAAGAGUAUUUGCUUAAGAGCUACUACAAGACUGCAUCUUUGAUUGCCGCAAGCACAAAGGCUGCUGCUAUAUUUAGUGGUGUCAGCAGUAGCUUGUGCGAACAGAUGUAUGAAUAUGGAAAGAACCUGGGCCUAUCAUUCCAGGUGGUUGAUGACAUUCUGGACUUCACUCAAUCCGCAGAGCAACUUGGCAAACCAGCUGGUAGUGACCUGGCAAAGGGAAACUUGACUGCCCCUGUGAUUUUUGCAUUAGAGAAGGAGCCAAGGAUACGAGAUAUCAUCAACUCCGAGUUCAGUGAUGAUGGUUCAUUAGACACUGCAAUACACUUAGUUAAUGAGUGUGGAGGAAUCAAGAGAGCUCAAGAUCUAGCAAAAGAAAAAGGUGACUUGGCAAUCCAAAAUCUUCAGUGCCUCCCUCAGUGUGAGUUCAGAUCUUCACUUGAGGGGAUGGUGAAAUAUAAUCUUGAAAGGAUUUACUAGAAAAGGUUCCGUUGUUGAUUGAAGUAGAGCCAUCCAUGUGACUCCAGUGGGAAAGAAAGAGGUGCAAUGAUAAAGCAACACAUUGGAUCUAUGUUGCCGGAAAUUGAUUUAAUCAUUGAUUUAAUUGCAUAGGGAUAUUGCUUUAUAUAAGGUUUUUGAUCAUUGGUUCAACAACCAUGGUGACAUUCUAUUCACAUUCCUAAAUAUUAAGUGGAAUAAAAUGUAAUAGUUUCCUCUAUACGAAUAAAAUUUAAAGUUCAUUCAUA